ACCCUGUCAUAACAGCUCCAUUGUUCUUCCCCAUCAGCCAAUCACAGGGCCCCAUGUCCUUCCCAGGCUGCUGGGCCCUCCGCCUCCUGCCCGUUCCUAUAACGUCGUUCACCUCCCCGUGGAUCACCCAGUUACUAUGUUAUUAUCCUAGCUGGCCACUUCCGAGGCGGGCGGGCGCAGGCGUGCGUACAAGUCUCAGAGACAAAUCCUGCCAGCAGCACAGGCUGUCGGUCGGUUCCUUCCCCGGAGAAUGAGCUCUUCCUCCCUGGGCACUGACACUCUCCCCGGCAGCAGAACGCAGGAGGGCAGCAUGAAGGUGAAGCAGAGCGGCGGGCAGGUGGCGGCGGAGGAGCAGCUGCUCAGGAAGCCGCACAUCUCUCCGGAGGAUGUGCUCCUCUUGCAGAAGAUCACGGCCGAUUACUUAUGCACCCCAGAAGAGAACAUUUACAAGAUAGACUUCACCAGAUUUAAAAUCCGUGAUAUGGAGUCUGGAACCGUCCUGUUUGAGAUCACAAAGCCACCAGCAUCCGAGCGGGAACAUGGCGAUAAAAAGGAUGUGGAUCCAAACGCAGGUAGAUUUGUAAGAUACCAGUUCACCCCUGCUUUCCUGCGACUGCGUCAAGUUGGAGCCACGGUUGAAUUUACAGUCGGCGAUAAGCCCAUAAAUAACUUCCGAAUGAUCGAGAGGCAUUAUUUUCGUGACCAACUUUUGAAAAGUUUCGACUUUGAAUUUGGUUUUGCAUUCCAAGCAGUAAACACAUGUGAACAUAUCUAUGAGUUUCCACAACUUUCAGAAGAACUUAUUCGUGAAAUGAUCAUCCAUCCCUAUGAGACACAAUCAGGUUUCUACUUUGUGGACAACAAUCUAGUGAUGCACAACAAGGCAGAUUAUUCAUAUAGUGGGGGCCCUUGAUCCUGUCGUAAGAGCUCCAAAAAUCGAAGCAUUGAAAACAGUCCCCUUCCCCUUUAGCAGUUAUGUAAGGGAUCGUACACAAUUUCAUGUAGGAAACCAAUCCAAGCAACAAGAUUGUCUGCCAGUAGAAGUUAUACAACUGAGCCUAUAUCUGCCUUUCACUCCCAGCCUUCUAGCACAUUUAAAUAGUGCAAGAACUAUUCGUAAAUUCCACCUUUUUGGUAUGGACGCCUUCAUAAUGAUUUGAAUGCUGUCAACAAGAAUGUGAUGAUUGGCUUUUCACCAGACGGACCCAGUGACGAGAGUAGUCUAAUAAGCAUCCGUGUCAUGUUCAGCGUAAUGGGUGUUCUCCUGGAACAAAGGACUAUUAUUAAACCAUCAUUCCAAGUUUGUCGCAGGACUGAUCGUUGUCAUCUCACUUGGGGCCAUGUAGUCUUGGGACGACCGUUCCCAUAGGACACAGAGUUUUUCCUCAAUGUAUUUGUUUUAAAAAAAGAAAAUGAAAACACGAGUAAUGAUGUUGAUGUGUCAGCUUGGACCAGACUGUUGUUAAGGAAAUCCAAGCCAAAGAUUGAAUCUGUUCUUCCUCGUAGGCUUGCACUUGUUAGUGUUCCUUCAACGUAAAUGUACAAUUAAAUAGGGCAGGUUUUCCACUUGCUUUUUUUCUAAAAUCACAGCCAGGCGUGACACAGAUUUUCCUGGUUUUAGGCAGCAAAACGUUAACGCAAGUAAACCAGAAAUAUCUGCAAUGGUACAAAGUGAAGAAGACAUAAAACCUAUUAUACCAGUUAGCACAGUAGGCAGAAUAUAUUUUUUGAAACGAAGAAAAAUAAUUGCUAGUGGGUUGAAUGAUGGUGCAAAUAUGAUACACUUGUUGGUUCGGUCUUGAUCACUAGAAACGAUAGUGUACAUGUUGCCUGUAUUAAGUCCCAUUACGUAUACUACGUUCUUCAGGAAUUGGUGACAUCAGCACGAAUGGAGGCCUAAAGUGCUGCAUUCCUCAGUGAUGUCACCGACGCCUAACAAAUGAAUGGACACUCAUGAAUACAAUUUCAGCCAGAGGACACAUGCGGCGAAUUCUUUUAUUUUAUUUUUUUUUAACUUGUUUGAGAAGGUAAUCUACAUACAUUGUAUGUGUAAUGAUGAUGCCUGUAUAUACAAUGUACAUAACACAGUAUAUUGAAAUUGUAUGAGAUUUCCAGUAUAAUACUGAACCCUGAAGUUCGUUGACCUGUCUAAUACUUGACUGUCUAUAUUGUAUAUGUGUUGCACCAGUUAAUUCGGUCCAGAUUUGGUGGGGCCUCUGGAUGCCUGCAUUACGGAAGUAACCUCGGUUUCUCUGCAGAAUGUUCUGUAUCACUGUGUGGUACAAAGUGUCGCUGAAUAAAGGGCGGACAAUGUGACACAAAUCAAUGUGACUAAUUAGUAUAAUUAGACUUUUACAUAAUGUUACUUGUUUCUCAGGAGUGAUUCCAUCUGACAAUGUUCUUUGACCAUGUGAUUUUAUUAGAAAAUUUGAGAAAACAUUCCAAAUAUGUCGCUCAUAUUGUUCAUUAUUUAUUUUUUUUAUUUUUAUUUUUUUUAACUAAGCAGCCUUUUUUACUCAAUUUUUUUUUUUUUUAAUAUUCUGUCAGAAUCUCAGUUCCAAGUGGGCUUGGAACCCUGACUGCUGUUACUGAACACAAUACUUACUAGCAUAUGUAAUGACCAGUUUGUAGACUAAGUUGUCUAUUGCAAGUAUGUUUAUUAACUGUUGUCUUCUCAUUAGUUUUUCUAAUAAAAUCAUUCGGGUGGUUUAUUUCCAAAAUAACUCUAGCUCUGUUCUCCAUCUUGUCUUAGGUUCUUUUUCAGGAGAAAUGCGAUGCUUAAGUCUUGUACUACUGUCCAAAUAUUAUCACACUGAUGUUCCUCGCUUGCUGUAUUGUAUGUACACCAACAUACAUGCUGUUUCACUCGUUACAAUAUUUUCUUCUUUCCUACUUGUUGCAUAAUGUAAGGCUUAACAAGUGGUUGGGAUAGUAUUUUCUCUAAUCUCUAAUUCUCUUACUCUUCAGUCACUAGGCUAAAUAAAUUGUGUGAUUUGUCAUAAAAACUGUACUUCAUCAAAGAUUCUGCGUCUAAGUAUAUAUGUGCAAAAAUGUGGGUAAUGAGGCAAUGAGACCUCUUGCUCCUUCUGUAUUCGCUUGAGAAAUGUAGGAAAGACUAGGUGUCGGGAAUAUGCUGCUUUGCAAGCUGUUGAGGCAACUUUGGUAGUUAUGCAGUGUGUCCCUAGAAACCGUGCUGUCGGAUCAUCUUUGUCAUCAGCUGGGACAAGGGCUUAGACUGCCUGGUGUCCAUUGCAGACCCAUUGAAAGGUCUGUGGUCUAGCAAGCCACCUCCUAACCAGACAGAAAGUAUUCUGAAUUCUCCCUUUUUCUUAACCUAUUGUUAAUGUGUAGUAGUAGUGGAACUGGGAGGAAGCAAAUUGAGAGACAAACUGAUUAUUUCUAAAACAGAUUGAAGUUUGUUUGGGUUUACUUUUGGAUUUUGGGGCAGUUUGUCUGAUAUUGUUGACUUAUCAUGAAUUUCCCUAAAAAGGUGAAAACAUGGAGUGCCAGGGUUGAGUUCUCUUCCAAGAUAUCAUUGCAUUGUGUCAAGCUAACAUUGGUACAGGUCGGUAUGCCUCAUUUGCUACUAGUAUGAAGACGGAACCGAACUUGACAAAAAAUUGUCAAUCUCAAAACCUUUGGCCACAACUGUAAAUAGGGAUAUUGGUUUGGAAGCUGUGUAGAACAUAGAAACAUGUUUCUAUGUUCUACACAGCUUUCAAACCAAUAUCCCUAUUUACAGUUGUGGCCAAAGGUUUUGAGAUUGACAAUUUUUUGUUUUCAUAAGGUCUGCUGCCUCUGUUUUUUUUUCUUUGUCAGAUGUUUUUAUGCUGAAGUAUCGUUUUUUUUAUUUUUAUACUGAAGUAUAAUUCAUAGCAUUUCAUAAUUAUUUUUUCACUUUUAUUGUCAAAUACAUCGAGUUUAUGCAAAUUCUCAAUAUUUACAGUGUUGUCCUCUCUUUUUCAAGACUUCUGCAGUUUGCCCUGGCAUGCUAGAUAUCCGCUUUUGGGCCUAAUGCUGACUGAUGGCAAACCAUUCUUUCCUAAUCAGUGCUUGGAAUUUAUCACAAUUUCUGUGUUUUUGUUUGACUUCCCACUUUUUGAGGAUGACCAACAGCUUUUCAAUGGAUUAAAAUCUGGGGACCUAAAAUUUUAAUGUUUUAUUCACUGAGCUGCUUAGUUAUCACUCUUGCCUUGUGACGUGGUGCUCCAUCAUCUUGGACGAAGCACUAUUCAUCACCCAAUUACUCCUGGAUCGGUGGGUGAAUUUGCUCUUGGAGGUUUUCAUAGCAUGCUUAAUUCAUGGCACUGUUCUUAGGUAAAUUUGUGAGCAACGUGUUCCAAUGAUCCAAGAUCAAUUUGUAAACAUUGCUUUUUCCAGGAUGAUGGAGCAUCUUGUCACAAGUCAAAAGUGUUAACUAAGUGGCUCAGUGAACAAAACGUUAACACUUUUGAUCCAUGGACAGGAAACUGCCCAGACAUCAAUCCCAUUGAGAACCUGUGGUCAAUCCUCAAAAAGGAGUUGGACAAGCAAAACACACAUUGUGAUAAAACUCAAAGCAUUGAUUAGGCAAGAAUGGUUUUUAAUCAGUCAGGAUUAACCCCAUAAGCUGAUAUCCACCAUCACAGGGCGAAUUGCAGAACUCUUAGGAUGGUUCAACACUGUAAAUCAUAGGUCCCCAACUUUUUGUUGUGAGCCAAAUUCAACUUUCAGUGAUGAUCAGGAGCAAUGCGCAAUUCAAAAAUAGAGGAUAGUUUUGAAUGUGGUGAACCAAAAAAAAUGAAAUUGCCAACAUUUGCUGAUAAUAUUUCAGUCUAAAAUUGAACACUAGUAGGGUACAAUCCAAAUUGGCACUGUUUGGUGGUCAAUCUAGGAUAGGUAUGCAACAUUGUUAAUUGCCAGUACAUAUGAUCUUGGCUCAGGACUCCCAUAGCGAGCCACACAAUAGGGGAUCGCGAGCCACAUGUGGCUCAAAAAAUGUUAACAAAAACUUCUGAAAUGCUUAUAAUUUUACUUCAGUAUAUCAUAGAAACAUCUGACAAAAAGACUGAAGCAGAAAACUUUGUGAAAACCAAAUUUAGUGUCAGCCAAAAAAUGGCCGCCACUCCUACCUGCAGGCCGUGGCACACUUUUGAGCAGUCAAUAAUUAUUAUAUUAUUUUCUAUGAAAAAAAUUAUAUACAGAAGAUGAUUUUUAAACAUCAGUUAGUGGGUUUACCUUCUAAUUUUUUAUAAGUGGCUAUGAUUUUUUUCAGUACAUUAGUUCCAAUGGCUGGCUUGAGGAGGUGGAAGAGGUUCUGCGGCUAAGUUUAUCUUUACAAACCUGUGGUUAAUGAGGAAAUGAGACCUCUUGCCUCCUUGUGUCUCAGUUCAGUGACAUUUUAACCUGGAGCCUGACCUGAGUAAUGUAGGAAAGACUACUUAGCAAUAAGCGACGUGGCAAGCGGUUGACGCAAUUGUGGUAGUUAGGCAGUAUUUCCCUAGCAGGCAGACUGUCAAAUAUGGAUAAGCUGGAUGAUAAUUUUAUUUUAUUUUUCAAAAAUUGAUUUAGAUGGAGGGCAUUUUUAAGCAACUGCGGUAUCUCAUAAGACCGUUAUCGUUAUUCAGCCUGUUAACUAAGAUAGACCUCAUGAUUUGUGCUUGACAUGUAGGGCAUGACAAGGACAUUUUUAAAGGAGCAGUAAACCUAAAGUGCCCAACUUGUACAACUUGAGUUGCUAGUACCCUUUACAUCUAUAUAGAGUGAGAUAAAAUGGUGAUAAUGGAGGCGGACAUUUCUGUGGACUUCCUCAUGCAGUCAGCAUCUCCACUGCCUAUGUACAGUGCAUUAAACCUCCACAGAGGACGGCUGUGCAGUAGACAGGUAAGCUGCUAUGCAGAUACAAGUCGGUGCAAAUACUAAUCUGGGAUUUUUAUUUGUACAGGGAAUCAGAAGUUUUAGCUCAAGCGUUGUAUACAUGCUUUAUUUGAGGAAUGACAAUUGGAUUUUCUAUUUGGUCAUAAUCUGUACAAUGUAAAGAAAUGCAGUAUAUCUUCUGUACCCUGCAUCUAUAAGUAAUACACUGCAAUGUUACAGUGAUUUAGCUGUGCAUUCAUCCUAAGCAAUGUUAUCAAUGUUGAUAAAUUACAAUGUUUUAUUUCAUAUGUUUAAAUGUUUUUUGGUAACCUUCACUUAUACUCACUUGACUUGUGAUCUCCUGAAGGUAGCCUGCUGGGCAGUACAAUGGCUGAGGCUUCAUAUGCCAAUAGGACCUCAAUAAAUGCAGUGCCCCAGAUCAGACAAGACAAAGUAGAAAGAAACUUUUAAUGGGCGUUUGUUAGUAGUUUUGACCCCUCUAAACUGCUGAUAGCACUGUAUAGGUGACGGAGAGCAUUGCGGGUAUGCCUAGAGAGAUGGCCAUUCAGGUUGUAUGACCGGUAAAUCAAAGUUUUCAUCCCCUGGUGCCAUGAGUGCAAGUUUUCCAGAAACAGGCCCCUUCAUGUUCCUGCUCUGAGUGACAGCUCUAGUAUCCAAUCAUGAAACCCUUAGAACUGUCACUCAAUGGAGAGGCGGUUGUAGUAAAAAAAAAAAAAAAGCACAAGCAGGUGGCACUGCCGAGUGUCUAAACUAAAUGCACUGGGUCCCUAAACACCUGUCCCUUUCACACACAAAAGUGGUUCACAGCCCCAAAAUUUGAUGCCAUAACAAUGCAAGGCGG